AUGAAGCGUCGUCAGGAGGAAGCAAAGAGCAAGUGGAAUGACGAUGAUAAUAGCUGGAUGGACCGCGCUAAGGAACAGGCGGAUGACUUUACAUCUGAUGCUAAGUCUCAAGCGCGUCAUGCAGGGAAUCGCUUUCAAAAUGAGAAGGAGAACGCCAAGAGCAAAGUAAAGGAUACGGCAUCGGAUGCGAGAAGCAGAGCACAGGACACGGCCUCAAAUACCAGGAACAAAGUCCAGGACACGGCAUCAGAUGCGAACAGUAGAAUGCAAGACGCGGCGUCAGAUACCAGAAGCAAGGCCCAGGACAUGACUUCAAAUGCCAGGAGCACCGUCCAAGACACGGCCUCGGAUGCAAAAAAGAAGGUGAAUAGUACCGUUUCAACCGUGGUAUCCAAGGUGCAGGAGACGGCUGACUCGUGGGCGGACAAGAUCAAUGGCCUUGCAAAGUAG